GGAAGCCACGUGCUAUCCUCGCCGGGAAACCACUUUCCGGCGGAUUGGACGCCGGAGACCCAGCGAUUGGUUGAGCCAACUACAACUACCGCUCCUGUCUUUAAUUUCACCCUCCCCCACCCUGGCAGGUAUAAAUACCCUCAGGUACUCACCUUUACGGUUUUCUUAGGCCCUCCGUUCCCGGUGGUCACUGUUCCUUCCCCGCUCCGUUCCUCCGGCGCCUGCUCCGCCGGAAUCUUUUUUCCUUCUCCCGCGCGUUCUCCCCUUUUCCUCUGGGUUGAACCUGGUUUUCCCGCGGUUUCGUCGUCACUCCGGCGCCGAUCUGCCGCGGGUUUCCUGCGCCGGCUCGACUUCUUCCGGAGGCAAUGCUGGCUCGGCUCUUUGAAGAGGCGUCGCUUCGUUCUCUGCUGGGGUCGAAAACUGGCUCUUAGGGCCUCUGGCGUUGGUUUUUGAGGGGUCUCGGCACUUGUCUGGUGAUUUUUUUCCUGGUGGAGGCUCAGGGAAAGGUUCCUGAGACGUGAUAUGGUGGAAGGAAGAGUUUGUUCGUCCAGAGAGGUUAAGAAUGGGAUAGACAUUUUGGACCGCAGAAAGCUCUACCAAAUGAAUUUUGGAAUAGGAUCUGGAGCAAAUGCACGCAAUACGAUGGCCAGGAGUGGAGGAGAUGCAUUAAGGCCUCCAGGUUCAUGUGGAACGGGAUUGCAUGGAAAGGCUGGACCAUGUUCUCAGCUCAAUGGUGUGUCUGUGCGAGAUGAUGCUUUCUCAAGGCGUAAGGUUGUCAAGGCUGAUUCUACAGACCUAGGGUGGAUUGACAGGAUUCCAGAAUGUCCUGUAUUUUUCCCAACGAAAGAGGAGUUUGAUGAUCCUUUAGUUUAUCUCCAAAAGAUUGCCCCUACGGCUUCCAAAUAUGGUAUAUGCAAGAUUGUUUCACCUUUGAGUGCUUCAGUACCUGCUGGUGUUGUGCUGAUGAAAGAAAAGGCUGGAUUCAAGUUUACAACUCGAGUGCAGCCCCUUCGCCUAUCUGAGUGGGAUAGUGAGGACAAGAUCACCUUUUACAUGAGUGGGAGAAAUUAUACAUUCCGUGAUUACGAGAAGAUGGCAAACAAAGUAUUUUCACGAAGAUAUUCUAGUGCUGGAUGCCUUCCUGCAAAGUACUUGGAAGAGGAGUUUUGGCAUGAAAUAGCAUGCGGGAAAACAGAAACUGUUGAGUAUGCAUGUGAUAUUGAUGGUAGUGCUUUUUCAACUUCCCUGAAUGAUCAGCUUGGGAAAAGCAAAUGGAAUUUGAAGGCUGUCUCUCGGCUGCCAAAGUCAACUUUGCGGCUUCUUGACACUGCAAUUCCGGGUGUAACAGAUCCUAUGCUUUACAUUGGCAUGCUAUUCAGCAUGUUUGCUUGGCAUGUGGAAGAUCAUUACCUGUACAGCAUUAAUUAUCAUCAUUGUGGGGCCUCAAAAACUUGGUAUGGCAUUCCUGGGCAUGCAGCGUCUGCAUUUGAAAGAGUUGUGGGGAAGCACGUGUAUAAACAUGAAAUUCUUUCUGGUGAAGGAGAAGAUGCAGCAUUUGAUGUACUUCUGGGAAAGACAACCAUGUUUUCACCAAGUAUUCUCUUGGAACAUGAUGUCCCUGUAUACAAAGCUGUGCAAAACCCUGGAGACUUUGUAAUCACCUUCCCUCGGUCUUAUCAUGCAGGUUUCAGUCAUGGUUUUAAUUGUGGUGAAGCAGUGAACUUUGCAAUGGGGGACUGGUUUCCUUUGGGGACAGUUGCCAGUCAACGCUAUUCAAUUCUGAACCGGUUACCUCUUCUUCCUCAUGAAGAGCUUUUGUGCAAAGAAUCAAUGCUUCUCUUCAAGAGCUCAUUGUUGACUGAGUCGAGCAAUGCUGAUGUUUGUUCACUAGAUCUAACUUCUCAGCGCUGUAUAAAGGUUUCCUUUGCACACCUUAUGAGGUAUCAGCAUUGGGUUCGCUGGUUGCUUAUGAAGCUGGGGGCACAUCCAAGCUUUUCCCUGGAUGAUGCCCAAGGAACUCUGCUUUGCAGUCUCUGCAAACGUGAUUGUUAUGUUGCAUUCAUAACAUGUGACUGCUUUGUGCAUCCUAUAUGCCUUCGCCAUAGGACUGAGAACAUGGCCUGCAGAUGUGGCAGUAACCGAACCAUACAUUUAAGGGAGAACCUUUUGGAAAUGGAAUCUGUUGCGUGGGCCUUUGAACAAGAUAAUGGAGUAUUAGCAGAGGUGGAAAAGGAACUUUUGCACGGUGAUGGUUCAUUUUCCCAGAUUAAUUUUCCUCACAGUUCAGAAGGCUAUACGCCAUAUUGCGAAAUUGAGUAUGAGUUGAAGUCCAAAACCAAGGAACAAGGCCAUUGCUCGAUUAGCAGUCUAGAUAAUGAUAGGCAGAGGUCACCUUUGGAGGAUAUGGAGGACACACAAGAAAUUGUCAAAAUUGGUUCCUUAAAGGACGGGAUUGUUAAUGCAAAUGCUUUGCAAUCUGAUGCUAAUAGGAAAUAUGGAAAUGGAACUGUAAGUCAAACUAGAAGUUUAGAUGUUUCAGUGAAGGAGCAAGAUUCAAGCAUACAAUUGGUGCCUCAUGGCGUCAAAUGUGCCAGCAAUGAAAACUUUCAUCAUCUUCAAGAUAUGUCAUCUGAUAUUCAGGAGGAUGAUGACUCUGAUUCAGAAAUAUUCAGGGUUAAGCGACGUCGGACUGUCAAAGUAGAACAUAGAUCUGCUCACAGCAUAUCUGAUCUAAAAGUUUCUGAACAGCAGGUGCUUAAACGGCUGAAGAAAGUUCUACCAGAUGGAAAGAAUGAACAAUCAACUUCAGUCGUCAUAUCUCACAAACUUGAGCAGCAGCCUAGUUUCGCAAGGUUUUCUAAAUCAGAAGCUUGUUGUAGUUCCAGAUCCACGGAUGGUCCUGUUCAUAGAGAAUCUCAGGGACAUCUGCCUAUUUCCUUCAAGCACAGGUCUGCGGUUACAGGAUCACGGAGGCCAGAGGAUUUAAUGCUGGAGGAAAGAAAACUACAGAGCAGAGAACACCACAUCACUGAUCACUCUAGGACUCGGAUGAUUGACAGUGAUCUAAGACGUGUGAAAGUUCGUGGUUCCUUUUUUACUACCAACAAGCAAUCAGAAUCUAGCUGUAUAUUUACCAAAACAAGUGACAGAUCUAUAGGGCAUUUGUUAUGAUCGUCAUCCUGACUGGGCAGGGCAGCUUUAACUGGAGAAAUUAGUGGCACUAACAACAGAAAUGACCUGGGAAAGUAGCAAUAACAGAAUUUAGAUGAAGAAUUCUUUGUGCAGGCCUCAAAUUGAGGCGCUUGCACGCUCUCAUUCUUGGCGUCUCCUUUGCUGUGUUCUUUUUUUUGCAUUUCGGCAGGGAAGGCUCAGCCGGCCGGUAGAGGGAAUUGUAUGGUUUUGAUUUGUCGUUAAUCCAAUUCUUGCAAGCAGAGUGGGAUGCCACUCUGUUUCAGCAAAAAAAGUGCUUUGCUGCUUCCCCCCUUUAGUUCUUUAUUCUUUUACAGAAAGAAAAUUGGUCCUGUACAUUGGGCAUAAUAAAAGAAAAGUUAUGCAAUUCCCUUUUUUGGCCCUUCUUA